AUGCCAAAGAGAAAGACCUUGACUGGCAGGGAAAAGCGCCAGAGAGACAAAGACCGCAAGAGGGAAAAGAGGCAGGAGCAGUCCUUGCCACCAUCAGACCCUCCUCCAGAUUCUGCUGUUCCAGCUGGAGCAGUAGAUGGAGCUAUCUUAGCUCCACCCGGUAAUUUUCCGGGGCAAGGCUCUAUAGGGUUGCCGCCUUUUGAGGAAAAACCCUUGGCCAGGUUGCAGGCCUCUCUUCGCGAGAAAAUGCAACCAACUGCCCUGAGUAACGCAUCUUCUCAGGGAAGUCGUCUGUGUGCCCGAAACGGAGGCAUGGCACCGUCCCCUGACUCCCCACCGUGGGUUUGUACCUCGCCGAGGGUACCUGAGCCGGACACCGUGCACGUGUCUGGCUCAGCAGGUCAGGCGCAGCUGGAUAUGUCAUCCUCCAAGGGGGAUGAGUCCAGCAGGAGAUUGAUUGAUGCAAACUGGAGUAAAAGAACGAGAUCUAAAAGGAAUACUAAAAGGAAUUUACAUGAUGAAAAUGAGAAUAUAGAGAAUGUAUAUGAGAGAUAUAAAUCAGAAUGUAGAAUAGGAAGACUGUGUACUGGUGAAAUUGGUGUUGACUAUGCUUGUGGUAGUAAAGAUGGACCAGUAACAUUGAACAAGGUGUGUAUUCAAGGCUCUUUUCAUCAAGGUGACCUAAUGUUUGGUGAAAAUGCAGGAACACAAUGUGUUGCAAACUCGUUAGCAGCAUUAGCAUACCAUAAAGUAAAGAAUUCUAAUCAGUGGCAAACUUCAGAUAUGAAUAAAGUGUUGGCAACAGGAGAUGAGCUUUAUACAUACUUGCAGCGUAGUUCAACCAUUGUCAGUAGGUAUCUUUUAGUGAACGAGUUGCCCCAAUUUUUUGAGUGUUUUAAUACAACGUUUAAGUUCAAAGCAUGCGAAUCUUUAUGCAGCCUAAUAAAUUUGUCAGAUGUAGAACCAAACUAUGAUGAAUUCAAUGCAUAUUCACUGACAGAUGCAUUGCAUAUUGGUCUUGGCGAAACAAGUGGGUGUUUUGUAUGCUUCAAGGGAAAUACUUUUUUGGUUGGAAAAACAGAGGAUGGCUUCUUUACAUUUGAUCCACAUUCACGAUCAAAAUCGGGGUGUAUGAGUGUAAGUGGAAGGAGUACAAGGAUACUGUAUCAAUCAGUUGAUGAUAUUUACAAUCACAUAUUGUCCUUGGCAAUGUCAAUGGGAAUUUCUGGAAUUACUGAAUGUGAAAUAACAGGUGUUGAUUGUUCAGUUAGCCAGUUUGCAACAACUGAUAAACAUUUUAUUGAAAUUGAGCCAGGAAAAUGUACUGAGCAAAAUAAAGACUUGAAAUUAGCAGUUCAAGAAAACGUAGACCUUUUGACUGCAAAUGUUCAGUCAGAUGCUAAUGGUUUUCAAUCAUUUGCCAAUGAUGAUGUUCAACUCAUUUGCAGUGAAAGUCAUAGUAUAAGUUUUCUGCCACUUUCUAACACUGUGAAAUUACAGCUUUGUCAAACCCUGGGAAUACCUCAGUCAGGUACAAAUAGUAAUGUUGAACAGGAUUGCUUUGUGCAAGAAGCAGGUGCACCUAGUGAAUAUGUUGAAAUUGAAGGAGAUGGGAAUUGUUUUUUCAGGGCCAUUUCAUUUUGUUUGAUUGGAGUAGAGGAUUAUCAUUAUGCAAUACGAUCAGCAGUGUGUAAACAUCUACUACAAAAUAGAAUAUUGUUUGAAACUUUUGUAAGAUCUACAGAAAGUUCUGUUGAAAAUCACUUGAAUUUAACAGGUAUGUCAAAUGAUGGUACAUGGGCAACCGAAAUGGAAAUUCUUGCUCUCUCUCACCUCUUGAGCACUGAUAUACAUACAUAUACAGAAAAUCACUGGGUUACAUUCUCAGGAAAACAGGUAGAACCUAUGAAUGUUCAAAGCACAGGGUCAUUUUAUUUAGUUCAUCAGGAUCAGAAUCACUACAAUGUAGUGGUGUCAGUUACUGAGAAAGAAACGGUAAGUUCCUUGAAAAAUAAUGCUCUGUAUGUUGGCAAGAAAGACUACAGAGAAAGAUGUAGAAAUCGAGAUCGUAUGAGGGAAAUGCGUAUCUUUUCAUCUGCCAAAAAAUUAAGUACAAAUCAUGAAAAGAAACUAAAGAAUGAAAAUUACACAGAAAGGAAAUUGAGAGCAGCAAAACUGAGGUACAAGACUGACCUUCAAUUUAGAUUAAAGGCAAUCGCAAAUGGUAAGGAAAGAUAUAAAAGUGAUGGAAUUUUCAAAGCAAAGGCAAAGCAGAGGAGCUUGGAAGCUUGUAAAAAGAAAUAUACAACAGAUGGUAUCCAUAAACAAUACAUGAAGAGAAGAAGUAUUGAGAAAUAUAGGUCAGAUAUAGUACAUAGAGAGGGUGUUAAACAAAGAAGUAUAAAUAAGUACAAGAAUGAUAAAGAACACAGAAAAGAUGUUAAACAAAGAAGUCAAGAAAAGUACAGGAAUGAUGAAUUGCACAGAAAGGAUUUAAAACAGAGAAGUAAAGAGAAAUACAGGAAUGAUGAAGGACACAGAGAGGAUUUAAAACAGAGAAGUUUAGAAAAGUACAGGAAUGAUGAAGUACACAGAAAGAAUUAUCAAGAAAAGAGUAUAGAGAAGUACAAAAAUGAUGAAGCACACAGAUUGAAUGUUAAACAAAGAAGUAUUGAAAAGUACAAGAAUGAUGAAGAACACAGAGUCGCAAUUAAACAAAGAUUGAAUGUUAAACACAAGAAAACAAAGAAAAGUACAAGAAUGAUGAAGAACAUAAAAAAGGUUAAGGCUGUUAAUAAAGUAAAGUAUCAUUUUAGUGCUGCUGAGAAAAAGAAAAAGAAGGAGAAUGUUCUGAAUCAGAGACGAGCACUAAAGGUAAAGUUGGAAGACGAAGAAGAAGUUGUGAAAUUGUUUAAGGAAAGUGUGAGAGAUGGCCCAGACUACAUAUGUUGCUGUUGUAAUCGUUUACUGUUUGAACAUCAAGUCCAACGAUGCACACUUGAAAUGUAUGAGAAAAGUCAUGAAGCUUAUAAAAUUGCACAGAUUUGUAUACAGAAAAAAUGCUCCCAUGAUUGUACAUUGUCUUGUCCAGUGCAUUGCCCCCAGUCAUCAUUGUGGAUAUGCUUUACCUGUCAUAGGAAAAUAUUGAGUGGGAAUAUUCCAGCAGAGGCAGCUGUUAAUAAAAUGUCAUUAGAGGAAAUUCCAUGCGAGCUUAGCAGUUUAAACAGUUUGGAGCAGCAUUUAAUUGCUUUGCAUAUUCCCUUUAUGAAAGUGAUGGCUCUUCCACAAGGUGGUCAAAGAAAUGUUCAUGGGCCUGUUGUUUGUGUGCCAUCAAAUAUGGAGAAGGCAACAGCUUUACCAAGAAAUGGGGAUGACAAUUUAUUGUUAAGAGUUAAGCUAAAACGAAAGCUAGCUUACAAGGGCUAUUACGAAUACCAAUUUGUUAAUCCAACUCAUGUUAACAUGGCUCUUGAUUAUUUAAGGAAAGAAAACAAAUGGUAUAAAAAGGUAGUGAUAAAUACCUUGUGGGAAGGAAAAAGUGACCAAAAUGAUUUGCUAUUUAAUGAGACUAGUGAAUUUGUAGAUGAAGAGGUGAAAGAAGAUGAGAGAGAUGAAACUCAUGUUGCUACUGACACAUGUUUACAGCCUGUAGAUGUGGCACAAGAAGUUCUUGAUCAUUACUUUGAUGAUGUUUACAAUAUAGCACCAGGCGAAGGGAAAAAUCCAGUCCGAAUGUUGCAAGAAGAAGGAAACGAAGCAAAAUCAUUUCCACAUUUAUUUCCAAGUGGCAACUUUUCUUGGAAUGAAGAUCGAGAUGUGAAAAUAACCCUAUCAAGAUAUUUUAACAACAGACUUAUGAAUGCUGAUAACAGAUUUGCUAAGGACACAAAUUACAUUUUCUUUUCUCAAUACAUGUCAGAAUUGAACCAAGUCAUAGAGAAAACACAAAUUUCAAUUCGAAAGUCUUUGUCAAAGCUUGAUAGUGGAAAUGCAGUAACAUCUGAAAUGUUACAGAAUCCUGAUGUUCUCUCAAAACUCUUAAGGAAUGAUGAGGCUUUACGGUUUAUGCAACCUAUUCGAGGAACACCUGCAUAUUGGUCAGCUUCUCAAAAAGAUCUGUUUGCUAUGCUUCGACAGUUAGGCAUCCCAACAUGGUUUUGUUCAUUUUCUGCAGCUGAAUUUAGAUGGAACGAAAUAAUUGGAUCAAUUUUACUUCAAGAAAAUGAUUCUAGAUCGCCCCCUGAUUUAGACUGGUCAGAAAAAAGUGAAAUUUUGAGAAGCAAUCCAGUUACUGUUGCCAGAAUGUUUGAACAUAGAUUCCAUAUGUUUCAAAGACAUGUAAUAUUGUCACCCUCAAAACCAAUAGGAAAUGUUAUUGAUUUCUUCGUUAGAGUAGAAUUUCAACAAAGGGGCUCUCCACACAUGCACUGCUUGUACUGGAUUGAGAAUGCACCAAAAUUUAAUGAAGAUGAUGAUAACACUGUUUGCGAUUUUAUUGAUAAAUAUAUCACAUGCGCUAUACCUGCUGAAAAUGAUGACGAAGAGCUGCGAGAAAUUGUUUUAGGUGUUCAGCAACAUAGUAAGAACCAUUCAAAAUCCUGUAGGAAAAAGGGUACAGACUGUCGAUUCCACUUUCCAAGACCACCAUCAGAAAGAACAUUUAUUACAAGACAAUGUGAGGAAAAUGAGGAGGACUCUGAGAAAUCCGAAGGACUGAGUAAAUCUCAUGCUAAAGAUAUUUUGUUGCAUGUUUGGAAUGAAGUUCUUGAUGAUGUGAAUAAAGGCAAAACUGCAGAGGAAAUAUUCACUAAGAUGCAAUUAUCACAGGAUACUUAUGAAAGGGCACACAAGGUAUUAUCUGCAAAAACAAGUACUAUCUUGAAACGAAAUCCUGAUGAAAUGUGGACAAACCAAUACAACGCAUGCCUUCUCAAAUGCUGGGAUGCCAAUAUGGACAUACAGUACAUCCUUGACCCAUUUAGCUGCAUUGUUUACAUAAUUUCAUACAUAUCCAAGUCAGAGCGGGAAAUGGGAAUGCUGCUGAAACAAACUCGAGUAGAAUCUGCAGAGGGAAAUUUAAGUGCUCGUCAAACAAUAAGAAAAAUUGGAUCAGCUUAUCUUAACCAUAGAGAAGUGAGUGCCCAAGAAGCAGUGUACAGAGUUUGUAAUCUAAAAAUGAAAGAAGGAUCAAGAAAAGUAGUGUUUGUUCCUGUUGGUGAAAAUCCGACUCGAUUAAGUAAACCCCUUUCACAAAUGAAAAGAACAUGCAAGAACGAAAAUGAUAUGGAAGAUGAUGACGACAGUAUUUGGAUGACAAAUAUAGUGGAGAGAUAUGAAAAUCGUCCUGAUUUACAUCCUUUUCCUGAAAUGUGCCUUGCAGAAUUUUGCUCAGAGUAUCGCGUUUUGGCGAAAUCUCAAAUACCCAAGGGAGUAAAAGAUGGCGUGUAUGAAUUGAAAAACGGAAAUGGUUACAUUCAGAGAAGAACAAGAGCUAAGCCAGCCAUAGUAAGAUAUCCAAGGUUCAAUCCUGAAAAUGCAUCAGAAAAGUAUUAUCAGUCAAUACUACAGCUUUUUCUUCCAUAUUGGACCCAAGAUCAAUUGAAACCGCCUGGAUUCAAGUUUUAUCAGACAUUUUACGAGGAAGGGUUUGUCAGAAUAGGAACUGAAAAGAAAUUACAGUCUGUGAGGAUUGUGGUUGAAAACAAUCAUUGUAAUUUCUCAAAGAAUGAGGCUGCCCUUGAAAAUGCUCAGGAAACUCUAGAAGUUUAUGGUGAACCUGAAGAUGCUUGGGCUAACCUUUGUCCAGAAACUGAAAGAAAUCGAGAUGAAUGUCUAUACGAAAAGAGAAAAACAGAACAAUCAGAAAACAAAGAACAAGAAAUCACUCAUGAAAUUGAACAUGAUUGCUCUUCUGAUUUGAUAUACCAUAUUAGAGAAAACUCAAACUCAAGGGAAGAAAUUCUGCCUUUAUUGCGAAGUUUAAAUGAUAAACAAAAACAGGUUUUUUACAUAGUUCGUGAAUGGUGCUUGAGAAAAGUAGAUGAGAGGAAAGUAGCUCCAUUACAUAUCUUUGUUACCGGAGGUGCAGGAACAGGAAAAAGUCACCUGAUAAAGACUAUACAGUAUGAGGCCUCUCGGAUUUUUGAGAAAAUUGCUUCAUCUCCUUCAGAAUUAUCUGUUCUUCUCACAGCUUUCACUGGAACCGCUGCUUUCAAUAUUGGGGGAAACACAAUUCACCACGUAUUUUCUUUAACCAAAGCUCUACCUAUUCCAUACGAACCCCUGAAAGAACAGAGUUUGAGUGCAAUGAGGGUGAAGUUAGCUUCUCUGCAGAUAUUAGUCAUCGAUGAAGUCUCAAUGGUUUACAAACGACUUUUGUAUUACAUUCAUGAACGACUGGUACAAAUCAAGAAAUGCAAGGAACCUUUUGGUGGUAUUUCUGUUAUAGCAGUUGGAGAUUUUUACCAACUACCUCCUGUGAAACAGCGAAAGUUGGAAAUACUUUACAAAGAAAAUGAUGAAUAUCCCAUAGACUACUGGUUAGACUUCUUCAAAAUUGUUGAGUUAGAAGAAAUAAUGAGACAACGUGACGAUGUAGCAUUUGCUACAGUUUUGAAUUCCCUACGGAUCAGAACAAUAGAGGAACCACUCUCAGAAGAGGCGAAAACAAUGCUUAAAGAGUGCAUCAGAGAUGGACCAGAUGAAGUACUGCAUGUGUAUCCUACAAAUGAAGAAGCAAAUGAAUAUAAUCUAAAGAUGUUGCAAACAAGUUCUGAAGAAUUGAUAGAGAUAUCUGCGGAAGAUUAUCAAAAAGACAACACUACAGGAAAGCUGACUUUACGCGAAAAACCCUUCAUACGGACAAGAACAGAUGGGCUCUCUGCUUCUUUGCUGUUUUCUGUGAAUGCUAGAGUUAUGCUGACAAGAAAUAUCAAUGUGGAAGAUGGACUUGUGAAUGGUGCGAUUGGGCAUAUUUCAGCUUUUGAUUUUGGACAACCUCAGCUAAGAAAUAGGGUAGAAGGGAUUAGAGUUUUGUUUGAUAGUGAAGAUAUUGGAAAGUUGCAUGGGAAAAAGACGCCGCAUGGAAAUGAAGUAUUGAUUCAGAGAAUACAAGAAGACAUCAAGGAGAAAAAUUCAAAGAAUGUUGUACGACAUCAGUUUCCCUUGAAACUUGCAUGGGCAUGUACAGCACACAAAGUUCAAGGCAUGACAACAAACUGUGUUGUAGUAAAUUUAGAUCGUACUUUCGCUCCAGGACAGGCAUAUGUUGCAGUAAGUCGUGUCACAUCACAAAAUGGUUUAUUCAUAGAAACAAAAGAUGAAAAUGCAUUGUUGAAAAAAAAUUAUGCGAAUCCAGACAUAAAGUCAGCACUGUGUAAGAUGGAAAAAAUAAUCCCAGUGCAAGAUUAUCCCAACUACUAUGAUGACCGAACCUUCAAAACAAUUGUUUUACUCAAUGUGCAAAGCUUAAGAGCGCAUUUUCUUGACCUAAAAAGUGAUACAAGAUUCCUCCAAGCAGACUUUAUAUGUGUAACAGAAACAUGGCUGACAGACAAUGAUAAAAUCCAAAAUUUUGAAAUUGACGACUUUCAAUUCAACCAUAUUACAAGGAAGCAGUCGUAUGAUGAAAGUGUAGACAUUUUUGCUAAACUUCGAGUGUCCAAAGGAGGAGGGGUAGGUGUUUAUAAGAAGAGAAACGAAAAAGCUUUAGUUCAUGUUUUAUCUCAGAAAAAUAUUGAGGGAAUGGCUAUAGAACUUAGUGAGGAAGACACAGCUAUCAUCGUAGUAUAUCGACCAAGUUCUCUUAAUGUCAGUUGGUUCCUUGACUCCCUUCAGAGAGUUUUAGAUUUUUAUAAAGUAUUGUUUUCUCAAUGCCUUAUACUUGGCGAUUUCAACGAAGAUGCACAAUCCAAAGGACCAAUUCAAAGAAUGUUAGAAACCAGUGGAUUUAAGCAGAAAGUGAAUUUUGCAACAACAGACGGGAAUUCAAUGUUAGAUCAUGUUUACAUUACAGAGCAGAUGGAAGCAAGAGUAGAGGCAAUGUCAGUUUAUUACAGCUAUCAUGAAGCUGUUAAAAUUUCUUUAAAAACCAGAUAA